GAUGCAGACCAAAGAAGAUGAUGCGUAUACUUACUUCAUCUAUCGGGCCGGGGGGUUUUGAGAACCCUCGAUGAUAGAAAAGAUGAUCAGAUUCGAAUAGAAAAGGAAAAGACGACAACAAUACUCACUUCGUUCGUGACCCUACGUAGCGUCCCUUCAUCUCGGCCGGGUCCUCCCGAAGGACGGCCGAAGCCGUGUCACUGCCGCCACCACUCGCAGUGAUCAGUCCCGGUCAACCUCUCGAACACCCGCAAAUGAUAAAAGACUAGUAAGAACCUCGAAAAGAACAAAGGAAGAAAGGAAGGAAGACAGGAAGGCAUACACUCGACAUCUGGUUGUCACGCUGGGAGCGCUGGUGCCAAAGUAAAGUGCGAGGACAGGAAGGACAUGGUGUUUCCACUUAUCCACCUGCCCUCCCCCAACGUUCCCCACGUCUACCGUAGCGGAGGGACCAUCUAAUGUGGUCGCAGGGCCCGGACGCCGUGAAAAAGGAAGGGGAAGAACCACCACACACAUAACUAGAGGAAACUUCAGCUCAGUCGAGACCUUACUGAAAAUACUCCAAUACUGGAAACCAGUGCACGAAGAGGUUGGGGGAGAUGCGAGAGAGGGCCCUUUUUAUAGACGAGAGCGCCCCAUUUUUUUUUUCCGUGGCACGUUCUGAAAAGAAAAAAGAGCACGUCACGGGCCAGGUCAUGUACGUGCAAUAAACGACGCCGAAGACUUCCCCUGGCCACGAAGGGCGCGCUUUCAGUUGCGCGCAGCACGACCGCAACGCGAGACUUUACACGGAUUUUCCGAGUCCUACAGGCGAAAUCCACUAAGAUGACCCCACACUCUUUCGAACCGCCGUCGUCGGUUCUAUCAUUCUCUUACUUGCGAGGAUGGGUUUCCUAGUCAAAACUGUACGGAAAACGGCGUUAAAGCAACUUGGAACGGUCGCGUCCGAACGCGACGUGUAUCUGAUUACACUACCUAUCCGCCUGCCAAAAAAGGAAAUGCGUGCAAUGGCUGACGACGACAGAACCAAGGGCCCAAGGGGGAUAUCGGGCGAAAAUCAUUGGCUGCAGUGAAAUCUCAUCGAUAGAAUGGAUAUUGGGCUGAAAAAGAUGGGGAGAGACGGGGUACGAAAUUCCCCCCGCAAAAAAACGAGUGGCCAGCAUUGAGUAGUCAUGUCUUUGGACUCUUUCAAGGACGACGACGACGACGACGACGACCAAGACAACCAACAACGACAGAAAAACAGCGAAAGCGACACUCUUGCUCACAAAAAGCACACCUCAACCCGAUUUUCCCACGCCCACCCAACCACAAAACCUCGACCUGUUCUCUGUGCAAAAACACCCAAACCGGUGUCAGGAAGCUGGAAACGCUGCAACCCUGACAAGCAACAGCAACAGCCAAAAAAAACGCCGUUUUUCAGCACGCCUACACGCAUAACACGGUCUUGUGUCUACCUUCCUACGCUCUCCCCAACCACCUACUUGCCAAAGACGCGACGAUUUCGCAGUGUGUAUGUCACGUGGACUCAACGAGAAGGCCUGUUAGCGCUCUUUGAGUCUGCUUUUGGGCUGCCGCUUGGGCUCUUGUCGCUAGUGUGGUUUGGGGUGGGUGAGCACCGUAUGCGUCUUCUUAAUAAUUCAAUUUCCAUAUCCUCGGUAGUAGUUGAAGGGUUUUGUUUUAGUGGGUGAUAACGCGUUGGGGGACGUGGAAGGGAAGGAGUUUGUGUAGGACGUUAGCAAGAAGACGGAUUGUACGUGUAUAAGCAGUAGAGCUAGUAUUGUAGGAAAGCUGGUUGUAUUUUCUGAAAUAUGAUCGUAGUCUUGGUCUGUGAAAAUGC